UCGACUCGUCCUCGCUCGUUGCAUAGCGCAAAAUUUAAUUGCCGAAUAAAAGGCCAAUUGCAUCGGAGUCAAAAGUCAUUGGAACGUAGGAGCCAGUGCUGUUUUUACAAUUGAGAGUUUCGGUAGCGCUUUGACACGCGCACACCUGUUGCUCAGCUGUGUGGUUGCGCAUGGAAAGAGAGAGAGAGAGAGAGAGAGAGAGAAAGAAAGAAAAGAGAGCUAGGUCGAUCGUCGCGCAGGUACAGAGCGUUAGUACGGGCAUACAGGCACAGUAAAGCGCGAUCAGUGUCGUGAAACGCACGCGUCUUCAGUCACAUCGGCCUCCGUCUACGUAGGCACGCGCGCACAUAUGGGCGAGCAGAAGAGCAUGAAUUUUGACAGUAAGCAGCAGUCGCGGACGAACGGCUGCGGCGGCGGCGGCGGCGACUCCAAUAACAAGACGGCGUCCAGCUGGUCCUGGACCAAGGAUGCAAACAACGGCAAUGACAGCAAGACAAAUGGAGCCAAGGCGUCUUCGGGGACGAUCAAACCGAGCCAAAAAGACGACAGGAAAAAGAGUCUGUUUUGGGCCUACUUCUGGUGGCUGUUCGGCGGCGUCUUCGGGGCCCACCACUUCUACCUCGAGCGCGACGAUCACGCCUUGAUAUGGUUCUGCACCCUCGGCGGCUACUUCGGCUGCGGAUGGCUCAGGGACAUUUAUCGGCUGCCGAGCUACGUGGCCGACGCCAACGACGAGUCCGAGUACGUCAAUUGGUUCAAAUAUCGUGUCCGCUUUUACAACAAGCCACCUUUUGCCUCGGUGCGCUACGUCGGUGCGACCAUCGUGGCCUACCUCUUCGGCCAGUUGUUCAUCAUGGCCAUACCCGGCGACGAGAUCUACGGCAUCAAUUUCAGGCCGCUGAUUAUUUUGACUCCUAUCGCAGUUGCCUUUGGAACUUGGCUGGUCGGUAACGUCGGUCGCGAGCGCGGCUCGAUAUGGGCGAGCUUGCUCGUGGCCUACCUCUUCUAUCCGACCCUCGACUACAUCGGCGACGAGACCCUCUGGCUGGGCGUGAUGGUCGUGGCCGCGACCUUGGCCUUCGACACCUUCUCCAAGAAGUGGCGUCUCGAGAAGAAACCAAAGCAAAAGCCCAUGAGACGCGUCGUCGUCUUCGUCGCCUUUGCUCUGGUUUACUCCUCCAUGUGGACCAGCUACUUUUACUUCAACGCCACGCUCACCGACAGCUUGGGCGAGGAAGUCAAAGUAUCCGAGGCGAUCAAGCAUUUCCUAAGAUCACCCAUUUGGCUUGACCUCAAGACUUGCUUGGACGAAACAUGGCGGCACGCGAGACACCACGGCUUUUGGGCGACCUGGAGACAAAUCAUCGAUUUUACCGAUCCUCGUGGGGAAAUAAACGCCUAUAAGGUUCUCGGGUUGGCUCAUACAGCUUCGCAGACAGAAGUCACGACCAGGUGGCGCAAAUUGUCCCGAGAAAACCACCCUGACAAGUGCAAGGGUACAGAAGAGGAGCGUCGCCAGGCGCAAGAAAAAUUCAUGGAAAUUCAGGAAGCCUACGAGAUCCUCUCGAACGCGAAAAAUCGACGACAGAAAAAAAACAAAAAGUCUGACCAUGAUCUGUAGCCUCAAAAAAUAUGAAGUGUU